UAAUAUCCCGCGUCACUCACAAGCCAAGCUAAUUUACAAGAUAGUAGAGUAAGGUAGUGUAUCUCUCUCUGGAAGCUCACUCAACAAAAAUUGGCCUAAUUUUGGAGAAAUUUUGGGAUCUGAAACGGAGAGAGAAUGAAUCGCCACCACGAUCCUAACCCUUUCGAUGAGGAAGAAGUCAAUCCAUUUUCGAAUGGUGGUGCUGUCGCCCCUGCACGAUCACUGCCAUCUGAACCUUUAGGUUUUGGCCAGAAACAUGAUGCUACUGUGGAUAUACCUCUGGAUACAAUGAAUGAUUCCAAGAAAAAACAAAAGGAGCUUGCAGGCUGGGAAGCUGAUCUUAAAAGAAGGGAAAAGGAUAUAAAGCGAAGGGAAGAUGCUAUUUCCCAAGUUGGUGUUCCUACAGAUGAUAAAAAUUGGCCACCAAUUUUCCCAAUUAUACGUCAUGAUAUAGCUAAUGAGAUACCAGUUCAUGCUCAGAGGCUGCAAUAUCUUGCAUUCGCUACUUGGCUUGGCAUAGUUCUUUGUCUUGUUUUUAAUGUUAUUGCCGUGAUUGUCUGUUGGAUUCAAGGUGGUGGUGUUAAAAAUUUUUUCCUUGCUAUAAUCUACAUGUUGCUUGGAUGUCCUCUUUCAUACGUGUUGUGGUACAGACCACUUUACCGAGCAAUGAGGACAGAUAGUGCCUUGAAUUUUGGUUGGUUUUUCAUGUUCUACCUGCUCCACCUUGGGUUUUGCAUUUUUGCUGCAAUAGCUCCUCCUGUUGUCUUUCAUGGGAAGUCAUUAACUGGUAUCAUGGCAGCAAUUGAUGUUUUCUCUGAUCAUACGGUGGCAGGGAUUUUCUUCUUUGUUGGUUUUGGGCUGUUUUGCUUGGAGUCACUGUUGAGCAUGUGGGUUCUUCAGAAAAUUUACUUGUACUUCAGGGGGCACAAGUGAGAUGCUGUGGCCCUAUUUGGAUUUUUGGAUGAUGCCUCAUCUCAGGGUAGUUUAAUAUAUAUUUUUAUAGCAUAUCGCGUUUAUCAUUUUCUUGUCGUAUAGAUUGAUACAAUGGGCUUGUAUGCUGAGUGGAUUCUAGGAAAUUACAGUUUUUACUGCCUUGAGAGAGAGAAAGUCUUCAAUUAAUUUCCGAUUCUUUAACAUCGCAAAUCGUUUUACCUUGUAAUAAUAUUCACAUUAUUUUGUUAAAGCAUAACAUCGCAUGAAUGUACGAAGACAUGACGUUAAUUUCAUCAAGGAUGGGAAGACGAAUGGAGAUUUUGUAUAUACGAGACUAGACUACUUUACCCGUUCUUGAAUUGAAUAGGAAUUUCAUUUACCAGGGUAAAAUCAUU